AUGACCCAGCCAGCAGUCGUCCCUUGCCAGUAUCGCACAGGGAAGACCCUCGGCAGCGGAACGUAUGCGAUCGUAAAGGAGGCCGUCCAUAUCAAGACCGGCGAGUACUAUGCCUGCAAGGUGAUCAACAAGAAGCUCAUGGAGGGUCGGGAGUACAUGGUGCGGAAUGAGAUCGCUGUGCUCAAGAAAGUCUCAAGGGGGUGCCCAAACAUCGUGACGCUGCAUGAUUACUUCGAGACUUCCCACAACCUCUAUCUUUGCUUCGAUCUUUGCACCGGAGGCGAGCUCUUCGAUCGGAUAUGUGCCAAGGGCAACUACUACGAAGCAGACGCAGCCGGCCUUGUGCGGACCAUCUUCACCGCUGUCAAGUACGUUCACGGCUGCGGGAUCGUGCACCGAGAUCUUAAGCCGGAGAACCUACUCUUCCGUACGAAAGAUGAGGAUGCGGACAUCAUGAUUGCUGAUUUUGGUCUGAGUCGUAUUAUGGACGACCAUCUGUUGACUGAGAUCUGCGGUACGCCUGGGUACAUGGCCCCGGAAAUAUUCAAGAAAACUGGACACGGUAAGCCGGUCGAUGUCUGGGCGAUGGGGGUUAUCACCUACUUCUUGCUUUGCGGGUAUACCCCAUUCGACCGCGACACACAACAGCAAGAAAUGGAGGCCAUCCUCGCCGGGGACUACAAGUUCGAGCCAGAGGAGUACUGGGCGAACGUCUCCGAUACCGCGCGUGACUUCGUCUCGGCGUGCCUGACGAUCGACCCGGCAUCGCGGCCAACGUGCGAGGAGGCGCUGCAGCACAAGUGGCUGUCGUCUGACUUCCCGCACUACGUGCCCGACCCGCAGAGCCCGACGGGCGGCCCGACGGAUCUGCUCCCGCACGUCAAGAGGCACUUCGACGCGAAGAAGACUUUCCGCAAGGCGGUGUUCUCAAUCACGGCGAUGCGCCGGAUGUCGACGUUGGCGCACGCGCACGCCGGGCAGCACGUCCGGGGCCACAACCUCGCGCAGCUCAUGGAGGAGUCCGAGAAGGAACACAUCAACGAGGUGCGCUGCUUUGGCUGA